GGUGAUUGGUCUAAAACCAGACUGCAACUCCCAAGAGCCUUUGGGCCACAGCAGGUGACCCCUCCCUCCCUCCCGUCAAGGGCGAAUCCAGAAUGUUGUGUUGCACGUGGGGAAAUGGGGUGCGGGUUUGGGGCUCGGUGAGUGGGGGGCCGCGGAGUGCGGGGCUGCUUUGGAGUUGGUGCUGGCGGGGAGCGCCCUGGCCUGUGCGCUCUUGGAGCUGGAGCGCAUGGAGCAGAAGCAGCGCGGAGAAGACCCCGUGGCGAUGGGGCACAGCCCGCAGGGUGCAUUGCGCGUUUCCGCUGGAUGCCCGUGUGGCCCAGGACGUUUUGCUCUUCCAGCAUGACCGAGUUCGCUUUUUCCGCCUUCUCGGCCUUUUCUGUGCCUGCCAGUUCCUGUUCUGGACCUAUCUGGCACACACCGCUUUCUAUUCCCUGCGCUCCACCGGCGCUAAGCGGCCGGAAUCGGAUUCGCAGCAGGGGGAGCGGCCUCUGCCGACCCUGCCGGGCGGAGCCACACUCAAUGUCGGCUCUAACAAGUGGCGCUUUGGUUUCACCGCCUCUUGCCUGACAGUAGGUUGUCUGAUCUUGGUGGCAGGCUUCAUUUUUUCACGUCGCUCCGUCAGCCGAGUCAUUCUGCACCGUGGUGGGCAGGAAGUGACUCUCACCACCUAUUAUCCCUUUGGCCUGCCCUCCUCCUUCACCGUACCCCUGCGCAACAUCUCCUGCAUGUCCCAUCGUUCUGAGGUGCCGGCCAUGAUCCCCCUCAAGAUCAAGGGGAGGCCCUUCUAUUUCCUCUUGGACAAGCAAGGGAGGAUCACAAAUGCCAAGCUUUUUGAUAUCACAGUGGGUGCUUAUCGGAAAGUGUAAGGCUAAAAUGUACAGUUACAGAAGAAGAGGGUUCAGGAGAGUCCACCUUCCGCACUGGGCUGCCACAGAGAUGAAGAAAGACUGAUGAGUUACAGUCCGUCCCUGAUUUAUGUAUUGUCCAUUCUGUGGGGGGACUGGGAGAUCUCCCACCAGCAUCUUCAGAACAACUCUUCAAGUACUCUUCUAUCCCCAACGAACGGACAUAGAUUUAUGGGGAGUCUGGGACCUGAACUAGUCAGGAAUAAUUGCAAUUGUACUCUGGUUGACUACUUUGCAAACUAAAAAUGCAGAAAAUG